AUGAAUGAUUGUCCAUCGGAGAAAAAUCACACUUUGCUCAACCCCAAAACCUUGCUGCGAGUAACAAAUGCGGUCCACCAAACAAAUACUGCAGCAGGACCCGAAUCCGAUCCAAACACCAACAUUUGGUCAUUCAUCACAACAAGAAGCACAUCAUCAUGGUUCCUCUGCAUCAGCCUCUUCGCCGUUUUGAUUCGCCUAGCCGUCGCGCUCCACCCCUAUUCCGGCGCCCACACACCGCCUAUGUUCGGAGAUUACGAGGCGCAGCGCCAUUGGAUGGAGAUCACUGUCAAUCUUCCGGUGAAGGAUUGGUAUCGUAACAGUACCGUUAAUGAUCUCGGCUAUUGGGGACUCGAUUACCCUCCUCUAACUGCAUACCAGAGUUAUUUCCAUGGAAUUUUGUUGGAAUUCUUCGAUCCUGCGUCGGUUGCGCUAUUCACUUCUCGUGGAUAUGAGUCCUACAUUGGGAAGCUGUUGAUGAGGUGGACGGUUUUGAUGUCUGAUUUGAUGAUAUUCUUUCCUGCAGUGCUUUAUUUCAUAACUGUGUAUUACUCUGGGAAAACCACUGGGGAUAGGAGCAAUAUGGCCUGGCAUACUCUGAUGAUUUUGUUGAACCCUUGUAUCAUUUUGAUUGAUCAUGGCCAUUUUCAGUACAAUUGUAUUAGCUUGGGGCUAACCCUUGCGGCUAUUGCUGCGAUUUUAUCGGAUAGAAACCUUGUUGGGUCCAUGCUGUUCUGCCUUGCUCUCAACCACAAACAGAUGAGUGCAUAUUAUGCACCUGCCUUUUUUGGCUAUCUCUUGGGGAAGUCUGUCCGGCGUAAGAAUCCAAUCCUUGAGAUCUUAAAACUUGGUUUCGUGGUGUUGUGUACAUUUGCCCUGGUUUGGUGGCCAUAUCUUCAUUCCAUGGAUGCAUCUCUGGAGGUUCUUUCUCGCUUAGCCCCCUUUGAGAGAGGUAUAUAUGAGGAUUACGUGGCAAAUUUUUGGUGCGCCACUUCAGUUGUCGUGAAAUGGAAGAGAUUGUUCAGCACACAAUUACUGAAACUUCUUAGUCUUACCGCAACCGUUUCAGCUUGUAUCCCAUCUAUGAUUCAGCUUAUAUGGUCACCAACCAAACGUGGUUUUCUGCAAGGAUUGCUCAACUGCUCUUUAUCAUUCUACCUAUUCUCAUUCCAAGUACAUGAGAAAUCAAUCCUCCUUCCCCUUCUGCCAGCAAGCUUCUUGGCUUUGGAAGAACCAUUUAUCUUCAGGUGGUUGAUGUAUAAUGCUUUGCUCUCGAUGUUCCCUCUCUUAAGGCGCGAUGGAUUGGUACUUCCAUAUGCUGCUCUAUAUGGGCUUUUCAUCCUUCUCUACCAUGCGCCUGGUGUAAGAAAGGAUGCAAGAAAGCCUGAUUUCUAUUCGUCCGUUUUAGAAUCUUCUGCCUUUGCCUGUUCUCUUUUCCUUCAUAUCAUCUACCUAACUAUUACCCCUCCAGAUAAAUAUCCUUUCCUCUUUGAAGCAGUAAUUAUGAUUUUCUGUUUCUCUCAGUUUGUUUUGAGUUCAAUAUAUCUAAAUACAAAACAGUGGGCACUAUCUAAAUCUUCCACUCAAGUGGAUGCCAGAAAGAAGAGCCUCUGAUUUUCUUUCGCUCCCCUUAUUAGUAGGCAAAAGACAUUCUGAGUUCUUGAGGAAGUUGAAGGGAUAUUAACUUUUUUACGAGGCUCUUUGAGAGACUAACACUAUCGGUAUGUCAUUAAUGACUAUCCACAUUUGCCAUACUUCAUAUUCCAAGUAUAACUUACAGCGAAUCACCUUGUAUCAAUUUUUUAUCAUGCUCUCUAUCCCAGAUUUGGCUUCUCCUUCUCUCAAACUACCAUGCCCUUGGAGUCUGUUAACAUUGUCCUGGUAAUUAUUAUGUCUUUGCUGUUAUGAGCUAGUGGGUAAUAGAAAAGUUGUGGUCAUACAUUCGACUGUCUUAUAAUCUGUUUCCGAAUCUUUAGUGUUUUCAUUGCAUUAUAUGCACGAAUUUAGUAAGUCCUAUGACGUCAUGCUUAUUUAGUAAUGUGUGGGCAUGUUACAUAUUUGUGAAUUCACCAUGAUGGAAAUUGUGAGUUUUCUGUAUUGGAAGUCACUAUGAUUCGAAACUGCAGUACCAAAAUUUACCAGUGUGAACGCUAUAACAAAGUUGUGACAGAAAGCUACCGGUUCUCAAAGGCAGAUAUAUGCUAGAUUCUGUUCA